GCGAGAAGUGAGGAGCGAAGAUAACAGAAGCUAUAGGGCUUGACUGUACACCCUUACGCGACAAUUUAUCCACAAUUGAAUCCACUUUCGCCACACCAAAAAAAGAUUAUCUUUAUUUACCAGGUGCAUACGACACUGUUGAACGAUAGGCUACACAACUAAAGAGUGUCACUGGGAAGGAAGAGAGCGCAGAACACAUAAAAGGCAUUGGAGUUCAGUCUGUCCAUCUGCAUCCCUGCAUCUUCCAGGGGAUCGUUAAGGACUCAUACCUCCUGUUCAACCCCAUUCCAGUCACAUAAACCUAAGCAGUCUCAUCACAAGGGCUGGAGAAUGGGGCCAGGUGGGGCUGUCUCCGUGAGCCUGAUAGGGUUCUCCCUCCUGGGGUUGAUCUAUGGCGCGUUGCCCCUGAACCCGGACGACCCUAACGUGUGCAGUCACUGGGAGAGUUAUGCUGUGACGGUCCAGGAGUCCUACGCCCACCCCUUCGACCAGGUGUACUACACCAGGUGCACCGACAUCCUCACCUGGUUCAAAUGUACCAGACACAGGAUCAGCUAUAAGACAGCGUACCGUAGGGGUGUGAGGACCAUGUACAGAAGGCGUUCUCAGUGUUGCCCAGGCUUCUAUGAGAGUGGAGACCUGUGUGUCCCUCAGUGUUCAGUCGAAUGUGCCCAUGGUCGGUGUGUGUCUCCUGAUACGUGUCAGUGUGAACCAGGCUGGGGAGGAGUGGACUGCUCUAGUGGUUGUCAGGCUGACUUCUGGGGCCCCCACUGCACUAACCGGUGCCAGUGCCAGAACGGGGCCAAGUGUAACCCCAUCACGGGGGCGUGUGUGUGUACAGACGGGUACCAGGGGUGGCGUUGCGAGGAGACAUGCGAGGCGGGGCUCUAUGGGAAGGGAUGCCAGCUAGAGUGCCAGUGUCUCAAUGGUGCCACCUGCCAUCACGAGACCGGAGAGUGCCUCUGUGCACCGGGAUACACAGGGGCUACCUGUGGUGAGCGGUGUCCCUCUGGUAGUCAUGGCGCCCAGUGUGAGCUGCGUUGCCCGUGUCAGAACGGUGGAACGUGCCAUCACGUCACGGGGGAGUGCUCCUGCCCCGCUGGAUGGAUGGGCUCGGUGUGUGCCCAGCCUUGCCAGUUUGGCACCUACGGCAUCAACUGCAGCCAGGAGUGCCCCUGCCGGAACGGAGGUCUGUGUGACCACAUCAGUGGGCAGUGCCAAUGCACCGCGGGCUAUAGAGGAGAGAGAUGUAAGGAGGAGUGUCCGGUCGGGUCCUACGGUCCUCAGUGUGCCCAUAAGUGUGACUGUCAGAACGGAGCGAGGUGUUACCAUAUCAACGGGGCCUGUCUGUGUGACGAGGGGUUCAAAGGUCCUAGCUGUCAGGACAGGUUCUGUCCCUCUGGACUGUAUGGACUCAUCUGUGAUAAAUACUGCCCCUGCAACGCCUUAAACACGCUCAGCUGCCAUCCGUUGUCGGGGGAGUGUGCGUGUGCGGCGGGGUGGGCGGGUCUGUUCUGCAACGAGACCUGUCCGUCAGGUUACUAUGGCGAGGGGUGCAAGGAGCCGUGUGCGUGUGCCAACGGAGCCGACUGUGAUGGCAUCACUGGAGCCUGCAUCUGUGCUCCCGGGUACAUGGGUGAUGACUGUUCUCUGACCUGUCCUCCUGGGUUGUAUGGGACCAACUGUUCCUUUCCCUGUUCCUGCCACAAUGAGAUGUCCUGCUCACACAUCGACGGAUCCUGCAUGUGCAGAGAAGGUUGGCAGGGGGUGGAUUGUACCAUCUCGUGCUCCAGUGGUACCUGGGGUCUGAACUGUAACCAGACGUGUCUGUGUGCCAACGGGGCAGCCUGCGACCCGGGCAAUGGAACCUGUACCUGCGCCCCCGGCUGGAUGGACGAGUACUGCGACACAACCUGUCCCGAGGGCACGUAUGGAGAACAGUGUCGGGAGCGGUGUGACUGUAUCCAUGCCGAUGGCUGUGACCCUGUGAGAGGCGACUGUCGCUGUCUGGCUGGAUGGACUGGUGUGCACUGUGACGGUGUGUGUGUGGAGGGCCGAUGGGGCCCAGACUGCUCCUACUCCUGUACCUGUGAGAACGGAGGCUCCUGCUCACCAGAGGACGGAACGUGUGUGUGUGCUCCCGGAUACAGAGGCACCUCCUGCAGACGCAUCUGUUCUCCAGGGUUCUAUGGUCAGCGCUGCAGUCAGUCCUGUCCUCAGUGUAUCCACAGCGAUGGUCCCUGUCACCACAUCGCAGGGCACUGUGAGUGUCUGUCAGGAUUCUGUGGCUCUCUGUGUAACCAAGUGUGUCCCAGUGGCAGGUAUGGGAAGGGCUGUGCUGAGGUGUGUAUGUGUACCAACAACGGGACCUGUAACCCCAUCGAUGGCUCCUGUCAGUGCUACCCAGGAUGGAUCGGAGAGGACUGCUCUAAGGUGUGUCCUCAGGGUGCGUGGGGUCCAGACUGCAUCCAUACCUGUAACUGUCACAACGGGGCUCAGUGCAGCGCUACAGACGGACAGUGUAGCUGCAGCGCAGGGUGGAGCGGACUCUACUGUACACAACGUUGCAGUUCAGGGUUCUUUGGUCCAUCCUGCUCCGAGGUGUGUCGCUGUCAGAACGGAGCGGACUGUGACCACAUCACUGGUCAGUGCUCCUGUCGGACCGGAUUCAUCGGACACAGCUGUGAACUCAAGUGUCCUCCUGGGACGUUUGGCUACGGCUGUCAGCAGCUGUGUGAGUGUAUGAACAACGCCACCUGUGACUAUGUGACUGGGACCUGCUACUGCAGCAUUGGCUACAAGGGCAUCCGCUGUGACCACGCUGCCCUGAUGAUGGACGAGCUGAACCCCUACACUAAGAUCAGCCCAGCCUUGGCAUCAGAGCACCAGUCGGCGGGCGCUGUCAUGGGCAUCAUCUUCCUCCUCCUCUUCAUCGUGACCAUGUUGGGGGUGGUGGUGUGGUGGCGCCGGCAUCAGCAGAGAGAGAAAGGAGGGCAGCACAUGGCCAGUGUGUCCUACAGCCCCGCCCUGAGGAUCAGCAGCCAGGGCUACUCCCUCUCUGAUUCAUCUCCUACCAACAGCAACGCCAGUCGUUGUUUCACUAACCCCUCCUACCACACUAUGGGACCAUGCACCUACGCUGGCCACUAUGCCAAGCCUGACCAGAAGACAAGGAGGGCCAAGGUGAAGGACAAGAGGUUGAACAGGAAUAGUGCUCCAGAGUGGGCGACCUACUAUAACCUCAAUGAACUGGGUGUGUACUGUGUAGACAGGCGCUACAGCUCCUACCAUGAGCAGUAUUACAGAGACUACAUGAAGGGUUCGCUGUCCAGCACCUGCUCUCUGAACAGUGAGAACCCCUACUCCACCAUCAAUGACCCACUGGCCGUGGCCUGUAAACACUCAGAGAGCAGCUAUGUAGAGAUGAAGAGUCCUGCCCACCAGGAGACGUCCUACUGCUCCUCUGCUGUAGUCACCACCGCCACACACACCGCCAGUAAGAACGUCUAUGACGUGGAACCCAUGGUGAGCGUUCUCCAGGAUUCUAAAGGUGUGGUGGUUCCCACGUACCCUCAGAACCCUUACGACCUCCCCAGGAACAGCCACAUCCCCAGCCACUACGACCUGCUGCCCCUGAGACACAGCCAGAGCUACAGCCCCACACACAGCCAGGGCCACAGCCACCACAGCCCACCCCUGCCCGGCAGCCCCACCAGCUCCCUGCUAUAGACUGACCACUCCCUAACGCUGGGCCACGACCUUUGACCUAUGACUUACUUAUGGGUCAUGGGCUGCUCCACCUGGGGUUGCGGAUAAAGACUGUAUUGUGACUAUAGAGACAAAGUACCAGUGCAACAUCAUUGUUGUGGACAUGCUAGAAGAUAUACCAACAGAACCUCUGUGUGGACUCACUGCUGUGUGAUACUGGAUAAUGCAUACUGUAAUAUAUUACAGCCGUUUGAACUGUCUGAGGAAGACACUGGGGAGUCUAAUAACUACUGGAGAGGUGUGGCACCCUCUUUGUUUACACUCUGGCUCGGUGGAGGGGACACACACACACACACACACACACCCUAUGAAACAGACCAGUGGAGUCAUGAACACAAAAGAUCAUGGACAUCUAUAUAGUCAUUUCUGGCUCAAUGAUUCUAUUCCAUGCUGGGAUUCCAUGCUGGUAUUCCAUGACUGGGUGACCAGAGAAGCAACCAGGCUGCCCAUAGAGGAGGACAAACCACCAGGAAGCAACCAGGCUGCCCCAUAGAGGAGGACAAACCACCAGGAAGCAACCAGGCUGCCCGUAGAGGAGGACAAACCACCAGGAAGCAACCAGGCUGCCCCAUAGAGGAGGACAAACCAACAACUGUCUCAGAUGAGACCAGCUUGGAGCAUCACCAAAAGGGCAUUAGAUCUGCCCGUCUAUCAGGCAGUGGACUGGAGAAGGAAUACGAGACAGUCAUUAUGGGACCUGAAUGGGGACUGACUGGGCUUGGAUUCACUAUUCUAUUGUAUAUUGAUAUCGGCCAGCAACACAGCUACCACUCAUAUAACUGCAGAUGAAGGAGAGGAGACAACGAGAGUUCCUAGACAAACCAGGAUUGGAUUAAAUUAGGCACCAAAGUCUUUGAAAGAAGACAACGGGUUGAAACAGGGAGGGACUACCUUUCCGUUUUUCCGUUGCAAAAACGUUUUGCUAUGGUGUGCACUAAUGAACACGACCCAUGGUUAUAUACUGUAAAAAACAAACAAACAAAAAAAACAACUACGCUUAACUUCUACAACUCGCUGUACGUGUAAAUGUUCGGUAUUUUUACACAUCUUCGCUUAUUUUCAUGUUUACAUUUUUAAGAUCCUUAACGGGUCCAUAUUUUCUCUCGGAAAAGUUAUCUUUUUGUAUUUAUUGUGUAUAAAGUUAAGGAGUGGUAGUGACGGUAGUGGUAGUGACUUUAUGUUGUGUAAAGCUAGUAAAUGUGCAUGCCAAAUGAUGACUCUAAGUAUAGUAGUUUACAGAGAAUAGCCUAAUGUCAUUGUUGAACCAUUUGGUACAAACUAACUGUUAUUUCAUAGACUUUACCCAUAUUUACCCACUGCCCUCUUUGAACAUGGGAAUGAAUCCUAGUUGAACUGUCUUUACAAGAAUCUGCAAUGACAUUAAGGAAAAGAGAACUGUUUAGAAGUAUUGAUGCUGCCAAAAUGAGGGUACGUGGAAAAUAUACUGUAAAUUAUGAAGUUCCAUUUCCAAAUGUAGAACCAUUGUAGAGAAACCGGUUAAUAUUUGUGAACGAUGCACAUCACCAUUUUAAGUUAUAAUAACCCUGUAAUAACUAGAUACAUACUCACACCCUGUACACAAUCCAACAUGAUAACGACAGAACUAUUACAUUGAUCUCCAACUCUACAUGGAUAUUUCACCACCUCAGCCAAUAGCAAUAACAUGACAUGUUCAUAACAGGCCCGAUUCAGACUUGCGAUAAGUCAACGUGUCCAUGUUAAGUCUACUUAUCUCAAGUCUGAAUCGGUCCCAACAUGAGCAACAGGACAAUCAUACACAGACAGUAAUGACUCUGUUUUUUUUUUCCCUCAUGGAUUUGUUAGUUGAUAUUUCUCCUCAUAAGGAGACGGGUACGUCCCAACUUGCACCCUAUUCCCUUUAUAGUGCAACCAGAGCCCUGGUCAAAAGUGGUGCACUAUAGAAGGACUAGGGUGCCAUUUGGGACACAGUCUAGAAUUCCCAUAGUCUGUUGUAACCUAGUAGUACCCAAAGCUGCUUGACUGUUUCUCUGUUAAAGUGUUAACUUCAAUAAAGAUGCCAUAGCUCAGG